UCAUCGUAGAACCAAUGGCCCCCCCUGACAGUGUCAUAUCCUAAUACAACUGCAUUGAAAUCGUCCAAUUAAAACGCUUCAUUCACAGAGACUUUUUAGACUUGAGAGAACAAAACUAAUAACGCCGUUUCACGUUGAACCACGUGGACAGGAAACCAACACAAGACCAGAAAACCUGACCCUGUGCAGCAGCAGCCAACAUGGCAGAAGCACACCAGGCGGUGGCCUUUCAGUUCACCGUCACACCUGAUGGCAUUGACCUCCAGCUGUGCCAUGAGGCCCUGCGCCAGAUCUACCUCUCUGGUCUCCACUCCUGGAAGAAGAGAUUCAUUCGUUUUAAGAAUGGGAUUAUGACUGGUGUGUACCCAGGGAGUCCAACUGGGUUCAUGGUGGUGGUUGUGUCCUACAUGUCCUACAAUAAAUAUAAUGUGUUGGAUCCCUCUCUGGGGCUGGUUGCCAAACUGGGCCACUAUGUACCUGUUGGCCGAUACAUGUCUACAGACAGCCAGAGGGUAGUGGGAGGAGUGCUGGUGGGCACGGGCCUUUGGGUCACCAUAAUCUUCAUCAUGAGGAACAUCCUGAAGUGCCUAUUGUCAUGGCACGGCUGGAUGCACGCACGCCAUGGCUCUGUGUCCUGGUCCACUCGAAUCUGGAUGCUGUUAGUGAAAAUCUUCUCUGGCAGAAAACCAAUGCUGUACAGCUUCCAGAACUCCCUUCCACGGCUUCCUGUCCCUGCUAUCAAGGACACCUGUAGAAGAUACCUGGAAUCGGCCCGACCACUGAUGGAUGAUGAGCAGUAUGCACGCAUGGAAGGUUUGGCCAAGGACUUUGAAAAGAACCUUGGACCCAGACUACAGUGGUACCUCAAGCUCAAGUCCUGGUGGGCAUCCAACUAUGUCAGUGAUUGGUGGGAAGAGUAUAUCUACCUCCGAGGCCGUGGGCCCAUCAUGGUCAAUAGCAAUUAUUAUGCCAUGGACUUCUUGUAUGUGUUCCCCACACCCAUCCAAGCUGCUAGGGCAGGUAAUGCCAUCCAUGCUAUCAUGCUGUACAGGAGGAAACUUGACAGAGCGCAAAUCAAACCGCUCAUGCUCCUACACACUAUUCCCAUGUGCUCAUCCCAGUACGAGCGUAUGUUCAACACCAGUCGUAUCCCAGGUGUAGACACAGACACCCUUAAUCACAUGAAUGAGAGCAAGCACAUUGCUGUGUACCACAAGGGCCGUUACUUCAAGGUGUGGGUCUUCUACGACGGACGCCUGCUGCUGCCACGUGAGAUCGAGCAGCAGAUGGAGAGGAUCCUGGCUGAGAAGUCGGAGCCCUUGCCAGGGGAGGAAGCACUGGCCGCACUCACCGCAGGGGAGAGGACCCCAUGGGCCAAGGCUCGUGACACCUACUUCAGCCGCGGUAAGAACAAGCAGUCUCUGGAUGCCAUUGAGAAGGCAGCCUUCUUUGUAACCCUGGAUGACUCGGAGCAGCGUUACGAAGAUAAAAACCCAGUCAAGUCUCUGGACAGCUAUGCUAAGUCCCUCCUCCACGGAAAAUGCUAUGACAGGUGGUUCGAUAAAUCCUUCAACCUCAUCGUCUUCAAGAAUGGGACCAUGGGAUUGAACGCUGAGCAUUCCUGGGCAGAUGCUCCUAUCAUUGGACAUCUUUGGGAGCAUGUGCUUUCCAUGGACCCCAUCAGGUUGGGGUACACUGAAGAAGGCCACUGCUGUGGAGAGCCUCACCCGAACUUGCCUGGUCCCCAAAGGCUACAGUGGGAUAUUCCUGCUGAGUGCCAAGAGGUCAUCCAGAAUUCUCUGACGGUGGCCAGGACUCUGUCGGAUGAUGUGGACUGUCACAUUUUUCCUUUCAAUGACUUUGGCAAGGGUCUGAUUAAGAAGUGCCGCACCAGUCCUGACGCCUUCAUCCAGAUUGCCCUGCAGCUGGCUCAUUACAGGGACAAAGGGAAGUUCUGCCUGACUUACGAGGCGUCCAUGACCCGUCUGUUCCGUGAGGGGCGCACAGAGACGGUGCGCUCGUGCACCAUGGAGACCUGUACCUUCGUCCGCUCAAUGAUCAGAGACGAGACGAUAGAGGAGCGUCUUAAGCUGUUGAAGAUGGCAGCAGAGAAGCACCAGAACAUGUACCGCCUGGCCAUGACAGGAAAGGGCAUCGAUCGCCACUUCUUCUGUCUCUACGUGGUCUCGAAGUACCUGGGAGAGGAGUCUCCCUUCCUCAAGGAGGUCCUGUCUGAGCCAUGGAGGCUGUCCACCAGCCAGACCCCGUUGCAACAGGUUGAUCUAUUUGACCUGGUUAAAUACCCUGAGUAUGUGUCAUCCGGAGGUGGCUUUGGUCCGGUGGCUGAUGACGGCUACGGUGUGUCCUACAUCAUCGUUGGCGAGAACCUCAUCAACUUCCACAUCUCCAGCAAACACUCAAGCCCAGAAACUGACUCGCACCGAUUUGGUGGCAACAUCAGACGAGCCAUGCUGGAAAUUCUGGAUCUCUUCCAACUUGAUAAGAAAGCCAUUAAGUGACAACCUGCUCCUUGUAUGGGAUGGGGGGGCGGCCGCGUAACAAAUUGUUUUUUAAACACAAAGACAUAUCCUUCCUGAAGUGUGUACAGAAAAGAAAAUUAACGUUGACUUUUAUUUUUAAGUUAAUUAAUCUUUAAGAAAUUAUGUUGAUGCUGGCAAUUGAGAGGAAAACAGGUGUUAAUGUCCUCGUCUUGAUAGGUUUUAUUUUUGUGAGGGGUACAGGUGAUGGGCAAUAGAGAAUUGUGGUGGAUUUGGGUACAGGUAGUGCAAAGAUCAAACGUCUAUCUGCAGGCCUGUAUGCACCAGUGCCUUACUGACCCACUAAUGUAAAAGGGCAGAAAGGGAGAAGAAGAUGGGUGUGCUCUUCAAGGUUGAGAUCAAGUUUGUUUUAACACAGCUAACAACAGAAGACAAAAAAAAAUUUUUUUUAAAUCACUUGAUCUGUCAUCGACAUUUCCACUUUUGGUUGGGAAACGCUCUAACAUUUUGAAAUUUUUUUUGUCUCGCUUACUCCUUCGUCCAGUUGAGAUGUUUCAUUCAGUAGGAUUGAUUCUCCAGGUUUAGAGCAAUUCUGAGGAAAGUUGUCAAAAUAGAAGCACUAAUCAAGGAUCACUUUGAUUUUGCUUUCAGGUAAUCAUAACCCAGUUUGACAGUGCUAACGUGAAAAGUGACCCUAGACCAGUGUGAAAGUGUGAAUGAUUGAAACCAACCCAGAAGACAGGGCUGCUCCCAGUGGUUCAAUCUAAAGAAUGGCUCUGUAUUGCCUUUUCGACUCUCAUAUGUACAGUGGGUUUGUAUAUUUGUUUUAGCUGUCAUUUAGCCAUUUUUAUGACUUAGUGAUGAAGACAGAUCAUAUUUGUGUGUGUGUGCGUGAGUGAGUGAGUGUGUGUGUGUGUGCGUGCGUGCGUGUAUUUUUUUUGUUGUCAUUUUCAUACUCAGGUUUUAUUAACUUGGCCUAGUAUUCUGGAUAGCUAGUUGCAUUGCAGGAAUUGUGCAUUAGUUAACAUGCUCCUGUGCAACAGUGCAUGAUGUUUGGGAUGCAAUAUAAUGCCAUGUGACACCAGUAAGUCGUUUCAUAGAGUAGAAUUGUCUUUACUGUUGCAGCAGAGGUGUUUGCUGGGCAGGGUUUGUUUCUGAGGGAAAAUCUCAUUUGCACAACGCGUCUCAUUUGACUGUCACAAGGCGGUAGGGUCGCUGUACUUUGGCUUGAUGUGCACUCCACGAUAGGCUCUUCAGCUCAAACCAAGCAACUCCUCACUACCUUGAUAGCCUGCCCAGUUUGCCUGCUGCCACUUCACUGAUCUUACUAUCAUCGCCUCAUGUCGGCUUACCAAGGGACUUCACAAACUUUGUCAAGACGUCAGAUGUCCUCUUCAGCGUUGUUGUGUUACAGUGACUGUUGUUGCCUGGUCAAAUGAAAUGCUAUGCUGGCUGAUGGGUUGUUAUGUCCCACCAGUUGGGACCUAAAACUUGAUAUUUUAUACAACAGGUAAAAUUUGAAGGUCUGCGAGUCAAACCAAACAGACGUAGAUUAAUAUUUAGGAUGACGCUACAUGUUCCAGAGGUAUACAGUAGGGCUUUUGUGCAUAGGAAAGCUUGCUACCUGUAUAAGUUGGCCUGUCAGUACAGCGUAUUUAUUUUUUCCAUGUCAUAACCUCUGCAAUCAAACAAUAAACUGUUGUGCAUAUUUUCCAGCUGAGAACAAUGUUUGAUGAGCACUAAGUAAAAUUUUUUUUUUGGGGUCGAUUUAUGGGAUUGAAACAGAAAAAAUAUUUAAUGAUUCCUUUUUUUGACAUGAAAUUUAGUUUUAAUAUGGCAGACACGUUGUAGUUGUAUGAAUUUUUAUCUCGGUAUAACUGUUUACGCUGCAUGGUUUUCAAGAUGAUGCUGUAUAAUGUUUGCCUUUUAAUUUAAAAGAUGUGUAAAAUAAAAAACAAGCAGCUGAUAUACCAAAACAAGUUUUAACACAAUAAAAGUGAAUGUCAAGCAGCUU